AUGGACUCUGCUGUUCCAGGUGCUUUAGCGCUGUCUUCAGUCCCAUCAGCGUCAUCACUGUCGAGGACCGUCACAGCAUCGGCAUGGGACCUCGAUGCGUCCAUUCUCAUCUUGGGCAUUCGUGGAACAGGUAAAACUAGUUUGGCCCUCUUGGCCGCAAGCUGCAUAGGCUUUCGGCUUGUCGACGCAGAUCAACAUUUUUAUCAGGCGACCGGGCUCCCACGAGCCUUGUACCUGUCGCGGCAUGGCUUUGAAGCAUAUCGAAAGCACGAGCUCCAACUUAUGCGCACUCUUCUUCAAGAAAACCCAACUCGAUCCAUUAUCGUCUGUGGGCCUGGGUCUGCGGAGGGCACUGGUCAGGAACUUCUAAAGGAUUUCCGCAAGAGACAUCCCGUCAUCUACAUUCUGCGUGAUCCAGAGGAUAUAGACCAGUAUUUACGCACAAAGGAUGUGGCCAAAAUUGCCAAACUCUCGGAGCUGGCGAGUCCUAGCUACCGAAAGCUUUCCAACUUUGAGUUCUAUAAUCUCUCAGAACGCCUGGAGUCAAUGAACUCACUAGGCGCGCAGUUCCAACACCACCCGUCCCUCAUCCUCAAGGAUGUGGAACAGGAUUUCAUCCGUCUCAUCUACAGUAUUAGAAGCCAGUCCUCCCGACCCCGUGUCUUGCAAGCUCGCCACUCCCUCUCCUUCCUCCCCCCUGAGUCAAAACCUUUCACUUAUGCUCUCACUAUUCCAAUACAAAUUGUCUCCGAAAUCGCCCUUGAACUUCGUCGGAACGACCUGGUGGUCGAUGCAGUGGAGCUGGUCAUCGAUCUCAGCUUGCUGCUCGCUGAUGGCAAGGCAUUUAAUAAUUCCAUUGCCACCUAUCUGACCAAGGAAUACCACACUCUACGCCGAAAUGUCCGACUUCCUGUCAUCUUCCACGCAUGUUUCUCAGAUGAUAACCUCUCGGGGGCUUGUGUUCCUCCACCCGCGAAGCGCAUUGAAACGUACAGCGAGGUGCUCAACCACGGGCUUCGACUGGCGCCGGAUUAUCUCACGAUUGACCUGUCCUACGAUGAUGAUUCCGCUCAGACAUUGAUCGCGCGGAAGGUAGGCACAAAGAUAAUUGGCCAUUUCUCAGAUCUCCAGCCAGAACCUGGAGCUUGGGAUUCAGCCUCUCGAUUCCAUCUUCUUGAGAAGGCCAACCAAUGGGGCUGUGACCUGGUCCGAAUCUGUCAAUAUUCCACCUCGUUUGAAGACAACACUGCAAGACAGCGGUUCCUCUUCCAAGCUGAAAGACUCGGACUACCCAGGAUGCCACUUAUUGCCUACAAUAUAGGGCGUUAUGGCCGAGCAUCCUCCUUCAUCAACUCCACCCUGACUCCAGUCACUCAUGAUCUGAUACAGGCUCGACAGCCCAGUCCACCAGGUAUCCCCAUGCUCACGGUACAGGAUGCACAAAAUGCCCUAUAUUCGUCCUUCACUCUGGACAAACUUGUUUUUGGCAUCUUUGGAAGUGCAGUCAGUUUGGCCAUGUCGCCCCCAAUGCACAAUGCUGCCUUCGAAUUCUGCGGGAUGCCGCAUCGAUAUCAGAUCUAUCAAUCUCCGACGUUAGAUGACUUGAAACCAGUCUGUCUGGACCCUAAUUUUGGGGGCGCCAGUAUCAGUUCACCUUUCAAGCGAGAAAUCCUCUCCCUCCUACACUACGUGAGCCCAGAAGCUGAGGCCAUAGGGGCCGUCAACACCGUUAUUCCGCUCCGAUCAAAACGACUACCUUCUCUUAUUGAACGCAACAGGGCUGGUCCAGUAGUCGCUCUAUUUGGUGAUAAUACAGACUGGAUCGGUGUUCAUACCUGCAUCCGUCGAAACUUAUCACCUAUCAAUGCGGCCAAUAACAGGAAAACCGCGCUCAUUCUUGGUGCUGGAGGUAUGGCUCAAGCGGCCGUAUAUGCCGCCAUUCGGCUGGGUGUGCAGACCGUUCUCAUCUAUAACCGGACACUCGCCAAUGCAGAGAAGCUCGUCCGUCAUUUUGAUGGCAGAACCUUCUCCAUUCAUAACAUCAAUCUAUUACAGGAGAGCCCGAGUUCAUCACCACAGAGCUCUGGCACGAGCACGCCGACCAACCCAACAACGGGGCCUAUCCGAGUGCACGCGAUUCCUUCCCUCGAUGAGUCAAUGCCUUCAGGUAUAAAUCCGCCCACCAUUAUAGUUUCAUGCAUUCCCAUGGACAGCAAAGACGGCCCAGUACCACCAAACAACCGGCUUCCCGAGGCUUGGCUCAUGAGCGCCACGGGCGGCGUGGUUAUUGAACUAGCCUACAAUCCCCGUGAAACGCCACUCCUUUCUCAGGUUCGAACUCUCAGAAAGAAAGGCUGGAUAGCCGUCGAGGGCUUGGAAGUCCUGCCGGAACAGGGAAUCGCCCAGUUCGAGCUUUUCACGGGCAGAACGGCCCCUCAGCAUUUGAUGAGAGAGAUUGUAGCACAACGAAUAAAGGAGAUGGUUCAGGGAAGGACAUGA